AUGGCUAACUCUCCGCUACCCUCACUGACAUUAGACUUACAAAAAAAAUUAACCGAGGAUGGUGUUCUUAAAGCUCAAAAAUAUUUCAUCAAGUUUUGGGCUUCAUACUUGUGGGAAGUUACAAAUACCAAACCAACAAAGUUUGAUUAUCACAAUUUAGCGACGAGUAUUGUACAGGCUUAUUCAGAACUCAAAGGUGGAUCUAAUGAAUGUGAGAUCGUUCGAAGCCAAUUAAGUAUCUGGAUAAGAAAUCAUCGUUAUGGGUUGAAAAAGACUGGAAGUAUUAAAAGAGACCAUGAUGGGAAUAACAAGCCUCCAACAGCUCAAACGGUUUUCGUGGAAAAUCAUACGUAA